AUGGCACCUAAGAUGAAGAAGCCAGCAGCAGCCGAAGAUGCACCCUUGCCAAAGGGUACCGAAGCCAAGAAGCGACCAAGCGGUUCGCCCUCGGAAGAGGGCUUGGAGCCCUUGAGAAAGAAGGCCUCCUUGGCAAAGGGGGCAGGCCUCACCGAUGAGAAGCUGCAAGCCCUCAAGGAGAUGUCCCUCAAGGAGAAGGUCGCCGCCAUUGCUGCCGAGAAUCCCGAGGAUGUCGAGGCAGCCACAGAGGCCUUGGGACAGGUCGUCACCCCCGCCGAGAAGCAGGGCCUGUGGCAGAAGCACAAGACCUACCUCAACAACAACCCCUCGGAAAAGGGUGAGCACGAGCAGCUGAGCAAGAAAGAAAAGGGCGAGGCCAUCUUGUCCUGGUUCUUGCGAAAGAGCCCAACCUAUGCUGUUGAGAAACACAGCCGCGAGGCAAAGAGUACCCUUGAGAGAAAGGACAAGUGGCUCUCGCAGAAGCAGGUCGAUGGCAAAUGGACCGAGGCGGAGCAGGGCAUGCUCAUCGAGUCCGGGAGGCUCAUCUGGCGAGAAGACCCGACAACCCCAGGGCUCUACGAGUACAAGGACACUCAAGACUUCGUGGGCCGCCACAGUGUCUCCGACCGGUCCUCUUGGGAAAGAGUCAAAGAGGAGCAGCUCGCAGACGAGAAAAGCUGGGAGGAUGCCUUGGGAGGUGCCUUUCUUCGCAAGGUGUCCUUGUCAAAGGGUCUCGGCAAGGGAAGUGCCGACCAGGGCGAGACUUCCUUUGCAAAAGGGCACGGCAAGGCGACUGCCAAGGCCAAGACCAAGGCCAAGGCCAAGGCUAGGGCCUUGGCUCUCGAGGAUGGCCAGGCCGACGACCCCCCCACAAAGGAGGAGCAGGCCAAAGAGGCCUUGGCAAAGGCUCGCAAGAUGAGAGACCUCAUCUCGUCGACCACAAGCAACCUGGAAGAGGCCUUGACAAAGGCCAAGGGCUCCCAGUGGGUUUCGCAGGGCCACAUCAGCGAAGCCAAUGCCAUCCUCAAGUCCUUGGAGAGGGAGAUGCAGCAGAUGAAGCAGCACAUCGCCGACCCGAAUGUGGAUGUGCAGGAAUUGAAGAAGGCCAUGCUCGGCUCGGCAGCUGUGGUCAAGGAGGCCAAGGAUGAGGUCAGGGAGAUCAUGAGGAAUUUCAUGCCGCCGGUCGGUGCCAAACGGCUUCGUGGAUGGCAGCUGGACAUAGAAGCUGGAAGAGCCGAGCAGUCCCACCUUGAGAAAGGUGAGCAGCCAACACACAGUGCUUUGGCAGGUGCACUGCUGGCACUCUGGAGCCAUGGCAAGCUCUCGGCCACCAUGCUGCAGUGGCUGGCUAUGCAGGCUGUGCUUGAUGGAGCUCAGCACGAGGAGCUGGCAGCCAUGGCCAAGACCGGGGCCUAUGGGUCAAGUCCUGGCAACUGCCACCGCGAUUUGAUGACCCGGUUCUGCAAGGACAUGCCCUUGACAAAGGGCAACGUGGUCUCGGUUCCUGCAGUAGACCCGAAGACCAGCAAAACUGUGCAGGUCGAUGCCACAGUUUUCCUGCCACAUGUUCUUUUCUCGUCUCUCGACGACUACGACAUGUUCCCCGACCUCUUCGGCUUGGCGAAUUUGGAAAAGUUCUGGAGUCUUGCAGAGAAGACGGGUGACGACAGGCUGAAACAACACCCCUUGUUAAAGGGGCCUGGCUGGAAGGAGAAGACUGUGCCACUUUUCGUGCACGGUGAUGCUGCCGAGUUCCAGUCCCGAGAUUCGCUCAUGAUCUGGUCCUUUGGGUCUUUGUUGUGUGGCCUUUCUUCUUUGCUGUCUCACUUCAUGCUGGCAUGCUUCCCGAAGUCUUGCUCCACUGCAGGUACCUGGGAUGCCAUCAUGAAGUGGGUGGCGUGGAGCUUCGAGGCCCUUGGCAAAGGGCAACACCCGACCCAUGACCCGGAGGGCAAUCCCUUGAAAAAGGGUUCUCCAUUUUUCGAGAGCAGGGGCCAGCCCUUGACAAAUGGCGGCUACAAGGGUGUUAUCUGGAGCAUUCAGGGCGACCAGGAAUUUUUUUCCAACACCCUCGGCCUCCCGCAUUGGCGAAAUGCGAGCCCCUGUUGGCUGUGCGAUGCAAAGCUCAGCACAGACAAGCCUGAAAAAUCUGUGAAGACCUUGGACAUUUGUAAGCAGGACUACUGCUUCACCACGAACCGGCAGGCGAUGGAGAGUCCUCGAAGCAAGCACCCACUCUUCGGCUUGCCAGGGUGCUCGUCGCACAUGGUCCGUGGUGAUGCACUACACAUCCUAUUCUGUAAGGGUGUCUACAGCCACUUUUUAGGCUCCGUUCUGCACUACCUUUGCUGGUACCCCUCCCUUGCAAAAGGGAAGGCCUCUGGGAAAGGAAAGGGCACUGCUUGCAAAUCCCCAGCUGAACGUUUAGCACUGAUUUUCGAGCUCAUCCAGGCUAAGUACAAGGCACUGGGCUCGCCAACCCGCUUGACCAACCUCAAGCUCUCGAUGUUCGUUGACAAGCAAAAGCCUCAUCAAAGCCCUCCUUUCCUGGAGAUCAAAGGCGCGGAGGGCAAACACCUCCUGCCUGCACUUGCGAAAGUGUGCCAGGAAGGCCUUCUCGACGAAAAAAUCCCUUGCGAAAGGGAGAUGUCCAGAGCCUUGAGGGCCAUGGACAAGCUUGUCCAGCUCUGGGACAUGUCCGACAUGUUCUUGUCUCACAAUGAUUUUGUAAAAAAUCUGGAGUUUGCAUCUGAGUUUUUGCAAGCCUAUGAAGCUCUUUCACAGUGGGCUCAGGAGCAUGAGAAGCUUCUUUUCCACACCGUUAUGAAGCAUCACAUGCUCAUGCAUUUGGCCCGAGGUGCAAAGCACCUGAAUCCUCGGAGCCACUGGUGCUUUAAGAGUGAAGACUUUGUUGGCCGGGUUGCUGCACUAACACAUAGUGUCAGCAUGGGGGUGAAAUCCACCAACCUUUGCAAAAAGGUUGCGCCCAAAUACCGGAUUUUGCUGCACAUGCUUCUGACUCGUGAAGGGUUCGACCAGAUGCAGAGGCAAGUGCAGCCUGUCCAGGACGAUUGA